CCUUCUUUCUUUCUUUUCUUGAGGCAGGGUUUUCCAAUCAAGACUGGAACUCACCAUGUAGACCAAUUCAGCCUCAAGCAACCCCUGCUUCAUCCUGAGGGGUGGGACACUAUUUUGUUCUGUUUGCAUUUUGAGACAGGGUAGCCCAGGAUGUUCAAAGUCGUGGGUCCAAGUGGUCUACCCACUUCAGCCUCCCGAGUCUACAGAACUGCUUCAUCAUUGCAGGUAUCAGGAAACCUUUUGAUUUUACCAGUAACCACUGAAGCAGGGAGAAGCAAGGCCCAGCAUCGGGGUCACAUUCCCCUUAAAAACUCAACGGGGGUUGGAGGGGGUGGGUGAUGAUUGGGUCCUGCCCUGCCAUUCUUUCCCUCAGCUUGUGAAAGGACCUGGGAGUGGCUGGGAGUGGGAGACCAAGGACGUACGUACAGGAGAGUGCGACUGACCUGGUCCCCAGGACUUGGUCAGCCUUCUAAGGCAGAGGCUGGGGAGGGGAGCAGACCACUGAGGGUUCUGGCCUGGCUGUGCCCAGAACUGGGAUAUCCCAGGACCCCAGCCAAAUGUCUCUAGGUUUUGGUAGCAGGGCGCAUGCUCUGGGGCAGACCAGCGAGGGGUUGAUCCAAGUUUGCCUCUUCGCCAUUUUUGUGCUGGGGGUCCUGUAUUGUAGAAGGACUUCACUCAUGUCACGAUCAGAAUAGAUAGAAGGAAGGAACAUUGGGGCGUGGGAGGGGGGGCGGUGAUGGUGCCAACCCUUCCCGGCCUAUUCCAGGCUGCUUUGAUCUCUAUGCCUCUGUCCCCUUACUUAAAAAGAAGGGAACCUCUCAUCCAAGGCCAGAUCCGAGUCCCCAGAGCCCUAAGAUGAGCCCCCUCGAGGGUCCAUUUCAGACAAUUUGAGGGAGGCCUUGGAGAGGGUCCCUGGUGGGGCGCGCCCGCAGCGCUGGCCCUACAGAAGCCCUCCCUCCCGGCGCAGCGGCCGCGCUCCUCCCCCGGUUCUGCCUCCCUCCCGCCCUCCUCCCCUCGCUCCCUCUCCCGCCCUUCCGAGCCCGCGCCGAGCCCGCGCCAGAGCCGGAGCCAGAGCGCGGGCAGCGCGGAGCGGGCGGCGGGAAGGUAGCGGUGUCCGGCGACCCGCCGCCCGGCUCAGUCCCCGAAAGACCCCGGCCCCGCCCGCCCGCCGGGGCCAGAGGGAGCCGGGGACGGCGCCGGCGAGCCCCCGCCGCCGGGCUCCACCGUGAGCAGUCCGAGGUGAGCCCCGGAGGAGGGCGCGCCCACCGGAGGUCCAGCCCAGCGCACUCCACACGGAGCUCACUUGGGUCUGGAGCCGCGGACGUACCAGGAGGCGUCGGCCCGGAGCCAGCGCGGACAGCGGGGCGACCGGUCCCGGAGGGCGCGGGGGAGCCGGGCAGAGCGGCCGCGCGCCGAGCCAUGCGCGGGGCGCAAUAGCAGGAGGCGCCGGCUGCAUGGAGCGCGCUGGGGCGCGGGGACAGCGCGGUGGCCGGCGCCUGCAUGGGCUCCCGCUCGCAUUCCGGCUGGCGCUGCUGCUGGCUGGGUCGCCGUCGGGCCGCGCGGGGGCUCCCGAGGCGCAGGAGCCCGCAGCCUCGGGCACCGCGGCCCCGGAGGGAGGCGACCGCUGCCGCGGCUACUACGACGUGAUGGGCCAGUGGGACCCGCCCUUCAACUGCAGCUCGGGUGUCUACAGCUUCUGCUGCGGCACGUGCGGCUACCGCUUCUGCUGCCACGACGGCCCGCGCCGCCUGGACCAGAGCCGCUGCUCCAACUACGACACGCCGGCCUGGGUGCAGACUGGCCGGCCGCCCGCCCGCACCCGUGACACAGCCGCCCCGCGCGAUCCGGGCCGCGAGCGCAGCCACACUGCGGUCUACGCGGUGUGCGGUGUGGCCGCGCUACUCGUGCUGAUUGGCAUCGGGGCACGCCUGGGCCUGGAGAGAGCGCACAGCCCGCGCGCUCGGCGCACGGUGACCAGGACACUGACAGAACUUCUCAAGCAGCCGAGCCCCCAGGAACCCCUGCCUCCACCUCUGGGCCCACACCUGGGGAACUGUGUCCAGGUCCAAAUGGGUGAUGGUGUUCUUCGGGGUUCCCCCCUCAACAACACAGACAAGAAACGCCUCAAUAAUGCACCUCUGGGAUCUGCUACCCCGGGUCCCCCGCGCGGCCCCCGGCUGCAGGGUGGCGGCAGCCUGACAUUGCAGCCCGACUACACCAAGUUCGCCACUCUCAAAGCAGCAGCCCUCAAGGCCACAGAGGCUGCACCCCAGGACUUCUAUCAACGUUUUCCCUCUACCGAGCCGGCUCCGCGGACCCUCCCUGCGCGGACCCCGCGUCCUCCGGAGGACUUGCCUGCGCUGCUCGAAGCCUGUCCCUGGGCCCCUCCGGGUUACGUACCUCCCGCCGGCCCUGUCUCCUCGGUCCCCUAUGCGGCCUGGACCGCGGGCCGCCCCGCGCGGCCGGUUCCCCGCGGCCACUUGGUGGCUCAGGUCUCCCCUGCGCCCCGGCGGCCCAGCCACGUGCCGCGGCGUCAGUUCAGCGUGGAGAAGCUGCCCGAGGCCUUCAGCGCGCAGCCCGCCACCUUUUACAGCAGCGCGGGCAGAGGGCCCCGGCACCUAAGCACCAACAGCAAGGCCGAGGUCACCGUCUGAAGCCGAACUGAUCGAGCCUUCUGCGUGGUCCUGGGCCCCAGGCCGUGGAGUGGCAGUGCUGGCUUCGAUCCAGACGGGACUGGGGACAUUUGGAGCCUGUGGCUCAAGGGGCCAAAAGGGUAGGGCCAGGUGUUCUGCCCUUGGGAAUGUAGGGCUAUCCGUACCUGUGUAAAUAAACCCUCUAAUGUGGUUCCAGUC